UUUAAAGAUCAAAAAAAGGAAUAUCCGACAUGUCGUAUUAAAAUUACACAAGAACCAGUAUUAUCCUUCGUUAUUAAAGAUAUAAUAGAUUAUUUUAUCAAAAUCAAAUCAUCAGAUGAAGAAAGACAUCUUAAAAAAAGGUUUCAAGAGUUUAAAGCUAUAUCUAAUCCGUGGGGAAACCUUUUUCACAAUUCAAAUACAAAAACAAAAACAAAAAAUAACUAUUACGAAGAAUACGAUAAUUAUGACACCUCGGAUUCUUUUAUCGAUGAUGGUAAAAUAACAGAAGAUGAUAUGUGA